AUGAUUGUGAUUCGCCGCAAUGGUUUGGCUCGUCGCCGCUUGGCUCAUUGCCGCUUGGCUCAUCGUCGCCGCUUGGCUCAUCGUCUCUUCAUUUGUGGUCAUUUGGCUCAUCACCAUUGCGAAUCGUAUAUAUCAAUUGUGCUUCCUUGUGAAGUUGGUUUGUUUCAUCAUACUGUCGCCUUGCGUCUACCACGUGUUAUGCUUGUCACGGCUCGCCGUAGUCCGUCUUUAGCUUCUCGCAGCGACGUCACCCUUCGUCUGCAGCUCGUCGUAGGUUUGUCGCAGCUUGUCUUUGGUUGUGAGCUCUCCGGAACUCGUGGCGAUGCCUGUGGCUCUCCGCAGCUUAUCAUGAUCUUUAUAGCUUUCUGCAGCUUGUGGCGAGUCUUGUAG